AUGUUAUUAAAAUAUUCAGCUAGCGUCUUGGAAUUUUGUACAAUUUGUGGAAAAUUUGAGGAUCCCAAAAAUAUUAUUACCUGGGUGAAAUGUGAUAUUUGCCAAAGAUGGAUUCACGAGCAAUGCGAUAGCAGAAAACACGAUAUAUCAGUGCCCAUAGAGUCAUCAAAUGUGUUUUAUGUUUGUCCAAUAUGCUCUAUAAAUUUCGACGUACAUACACAUUUAACAAAACCAACAGAAAGUCCAACAAAAAUGUUUGGAAACGGCCUCUUCCAAGAUAUUAAUUAUUAUAGGUAUUCUAAAAAAAGUCUUUCCAAUUAUGUAGUUGCAAUAUACGAUUACACGUACGACUUGACAAUAGAAGAUUACAUGACAUUAAAUGCUUGUCAGUAUAUAUCUAAUACUUUGUUUCAUACAUGUUCUAACAUAUUUUUAAAUUGUACUAAUCGAACAGAUAUUAAAAUUUGGUCUAUUUUCAAAACCUGCUUAAUGUUUUAUAACUUAAAAUCUCUUGAAUAUACUUUUUUUAAAGACGAGUUUUUUCAAGACAAAUUAUUACAUCACGUUAAUAUUAUACCAAUUCUGAAUAAUAGUCACUUUACCCUUAUCAUCAUUGUCUUUAAAAAUUUUACUUUUCAAUAUAUAGAUCCUAUGGGCACCGAAUUCAGUAUAGUUGCGGACAUGUUUAAGAGAUUUGCAAAAGAGCUUAACUUUGACACGGCGAAUAUCAAAAUUAUUAAUGUUGACCAUUGCGUACAAAAAGACGGAUAUAAUUGUGGUAUAUACGUUUUGCAUUUUAUACAGUGUACAAUUAAUAAUCUUGAUUUAACUUCACCAAAUAAUCCAGAUCAAGAAAGGGACCGUUUAAAAAAAAUUCUAUUAGAAAAAUCGAAAGAUGUAAAGGAAUACUGUUUGAAAUGUGGUCGGAAAGUCACAGAGGCCGAUAAAUGUUUUCAAUGUCACAAAUGUAAAAAAUUUAUUGAAAAAGGCUGUCUAAUUACUGAUAUUUGCCCACUCUGUAAAAUAUACACGGAGAAAAAAGGAUAG